AUGGAGGAAGAUGAAUUAAGUGAAAGAGAGCUGUUUGUAGCUUCUAUUAUGAACAGAGUUCGAGACUUAAAAAGCAAAUAUAGAAAUGAGGAUACUGUUACGGAUGAGCUUAAUUUUACCAAGGUAUCAGCUGAUACAACAGAUAAUUCUGGAACUGUUAAUCAGAUUAUAAUGACUGCAAAUAAUCCUGAAGAUUGGUUGAGUUUUUUACUUAAACUGGAAAAAAAGGGUAUUCCUCAGACUGACAUUGAUUUAUUGAAUAGAUUAAUUGGCCGUUACAGUCAAGCAAUUGCAGAAUUGUCUGUAGAACAGUACAGCCAGAAUGAAAGUUAUGCUCGCAUCCUGGUGAGAUUUGCAGAAUUGAAAGCUAUUCAAGAUCCAGAAGAGGCACGUGACCAGUUUCAUCUUGCUAGACUGAACUGCAAGAAAUUUGCUUUUGUGCAUGUAGCUUUUGCCCAAUUUGAACUCUCACAAGGAAAUAUUAAAAAGUGUAAACAGCUUCUUGAAAAAGCUAUAGAAUGUUUGGCAUCACCCCCAGAAAUGCUGGAAAUUGCUCUGAAAAACUUGAGCUUACAAAAAAAGCAGCUGCUUUCAAAAGAAGAGAAAGAGAAUUUGGCAGCACUAUGUUCACAAAGCAUACCUGGAAGUUUCCAGAAUAGGAAGAAAAUAAUUGAUUCCGGUGAGAUUGUUGGCAGUGCACCCAGCAUUUAUCUAGGGCAGAGAAAUGAGUCUCCUCAACAGGCUGAAUUUUUCCUGGGUGGACGCAGACCUUUGAAGCAAUUAAACCAAUCUAACCAGAUGUGCCAUUUUGGGAGAGUUCCUAUCAGAUUAGUAAGUGAUAAUGAAGAUGAUGAUGAUACAGAUGAUUCAGUGAAGAUAGAUGUUCCAUAUGUGACUAAUGUCCUAAAGGAGCAGCUACCUGUUUCAAAAGACACAAAUUUGAUCAAUUCACCUCUGCAUGAAUCAAAACCUAAUAAAAGUGCUUCAUAUUAUCCAGAAGGCCUGAAGCCUUUGUCAAACAGGAAACCUAUAGAGGUACAGUUGUCAGGUGAAGAGAACUUGGAAAUACCUACCAAUUCAAGUAUAACCGUAAAGAAUAAACAUGAUUCCAUUGAUGCAGUUAAAAUAAAAGAAAUUGAAGUACAUCAUGAAGAGCUAAGGACCAUAGAGUCGGGCUAUCUGGAAAGGCAACGGCAGCAUUCUCUUUCUUUUGAAAAUACCUCAAAAGAAAAUGAGUCCAUAGAGAAAAACCCAUGUUUUGAACAGCCAGUGCUUCAAGUUUCCAGAAGAUUUUCACCACCAGAGACUACUGCAAGGAAAAACACUGAGCCAUGCAACAGCACGUUGAACAGUUACAUGGCCUGUUUCAGCACUCCUGUUGUAAAUAAUGAUUUUCUACCGGGGAGGAAGGUGACCACACCUUACACCCAGUUUUCCUAUAUGCAUCCUCGUACUCCAACAACUCCAUUCCAAAUGCCAAGUGGAUUACAGGUUUCAGCUUCUGAUCCUUCCAAUGAAUGCAUUUUUAUUAAAGGAAAAUGGUAUUCUGUGUUGAAACAAAUCGGAAGGGGAGGGUCAAGUAAGGUAUUCCAGGUACUUGAUGAAAAGAAACAUCUUCGUGCCAUCAAAUAUGUGAAUCUGGAAGAGGCAGAUCAACAGACUGUAGAAAGUUAUAAAAAUGAGAUUGUUCAUUUAAAUAAGCUUCAACAACACAGCGAUAACAUUAUUCGACUUUAUGACUAUGAAAUAAAUGAGAAGAGUAUCUACAUGGUGAUGGAGUGUGGAAAUAUUGAUCUUAAUAGCUGGCUUAAAAAGAAAAAAACAAUUAACCCAUGGGAGCGGAAGAGCUACUGGAAAAAUAUGUUGGAAGCAGUCCAUACAAUCCAUCAACAUGGUAUUGUUCAUAGUGAUCUGAAACCAGCAAACUUUCUGCUAGUGGAUGGAAUGCUAAAAUUAAUAGAUUUUGGCAUUGCAAACCAAAUGCAACCAGAUGUGACUAGUAUUUUUAAAGAUUCACAGGUUGGCACAGUUAACUAUAUGUCACCAGAGGCAAUCAAAGAUAUGUCAUCUUGUGCAGAAAAUGGAAAACCAAGAUCAAAGAUCAGUCCCAAAAAUGAUGUCUGGUCAUUGGGAUGCAUUUUAUAUUGUAUGACUUAUGGGAGAACUCCAUUUCAACACAUAACAAAUCAUAUCACAAAACUUCAUGCCAUAAUUGACCUUAGUUAUGAAAUAGCGUUUCCUGAUAUUACGGAAAAAGAUCUCCUGGAUGUCUUAAAGCGCUGUUUAGUAAGGAAUCCGAAAGAAAGAAUAUCAGUCUCUGAAUUGUUGAGUCAUCCUUAUGUGCAUAUUCAUGCCAAUUCACAAACAGGGGAUACAAAAGGAACAACAGAAGAAAUGAAGCGUAUUCUUGGUCAUCUUAUUGGCCUGAACUCUCCUAACUCCAUUACUAGAGCUGCUAGGACUUUAUAUGAACAGUGCAGCAGUGGCGAAGGUUUAGAUGUAUCUGCUUUUGCAGACUCUGGUAAAUCAUGGAGCGCAAAGUGAUGUGUAAAUUGUAGCUUUCAAAUAUAGCAAUGAAAAUAUGCUGUAUGCUAGGCAUUGACAGCUCCUGCUUAAACCAAUUGAUGUUGUUUCUUAUUCUUGUAAUAUCAGUGGUACAGCAGAAGUGCUCAUCUGUUGUUUAUCCAUUAUUUGCAUAUCAGCUUUGUUAUGAAACAGAAUGGAACAUUGAUGCAAUAUUUGGAUAGUAAAUAUGUAAUAGGUUUUAACGUGAAAAGUGUGGAGGGUUUCUUGCUCUCACUCAGCGAAAAAAAUCAUUGUAACUGUUCCAUUCUCAACUGUGAGCCUUUAUAAUUUGUCAUUUGUUGAUCUUGAUAAUUUAAUUCCCCCCUCGUCAAAUACUGUUUGCAGAGGACACUGAUGUGCAUGUUUAUGUAAAUAAAAGCAAGUAAAUCGAUGUACUGCUGUUUUAUGCU